AUGUCACAUCACAGAGAAGUUAGUGACAGAAUUUCCGACGAUGUGGACGGAGGCUCUCGGGAGUCACGCAGCAUCAGAAGCGGGAUCAGGCCUCUGUGUUUGAAGGAGGCUUCGCUGCUCUCCCUGAUCACGACGACGGGCUACACCAUAGUUCAGGAUAAUGGACAGAGGAAGUAUGGCGGGCCCCCACCAGGUUGGGAGGGCCCGGUGCCUCCGCGGGGCUGCGAAGUCUUCGUGGGGAAGAUCCCCAGGGACAUGUUUGAAGAUGAACUGGUCCCUCUGUUCGAGACAGUUGGACAGAUCUACGAGUUCCGGCUGAUGAUGGAGUUCAGUGGAGAAAACCGGGGCUACGCCUUUGUCAUGUACACCAACAGACAAGCAGCUCAGAGAGCCAUCAUGCUGUUGGACAACUACGAGGUCCGUUCAGGGAAGUUCAUCGGCGUCUGUGUGAGUCUGGACAACUGCCGCCUCUUCAUCGGCUCCAUCCCCAAAGACAAGAAGAGGGACGAGAUCCUGGAGGAGAUGAAGAAGGUGUCAGACGGCGUGAUGGAUGUGAUCGUUUACCCAAGCUCCACAGACAAGACCAAGAACCGAGGCUUCGCCUUCAUCGAGUACGAUUCCCACAAGUCUGCCGCCAUGGCCCGGAGGAAGCUCAUGCCAGGAACCUUCCAGCUGUGGGGCCACUCCAUCCAGGUGGACUGGGCCGAGCCAGAGAAAGACGUGGACGAGGAGGUGAUGCAGCGCGUCCGGGUGCUCUACGUGCGUAAUCUGAUGUUGGACACCACGGAGAAGACGCUCCAUUGUGAGUUCUCCCGCUUUAAGCCGGGCUCCGUGGAGCGCGUCAAGAAGCUCACCGACUAUGCCUUCAUCCACUACCGCUGCCGCAGUGAUGCCCUCACCGCGCUCAGCCUCAUGAACGGCGCCCAGAUUGACGGGGCCAUUGUGGAGGUGACGCUGGCCAAACCGGCUGGGAUCAAAGAUGGGAGCGUCGUCGGGAAACAACACAAUGGCAGGAAUUACCCAGGAAACAUGGCCGCCACUGGAGCAGGAGGGGUGAACAGUUCGUUCCUGCUGCAGAGGAACGGUGCUGAUGGACGCUCUCCGUUAAGAGACAUGCCCCUGCCAGCUCCCCUGGGAAGCCCCUACAGCACCGGAGGAGCAGAAGAAACGGACCAGCUCGUGUUCCCCCUUCUGCCCAGCACCCACUUGACCCCCGUCAGCCUGCUGGCCCUGAAGCAGAGUCAGAUAGAAUCGGCCGUCAGUCUGCUGGAGUACUACUGCCACAAGAACUACUGGUCCCAACCCGAAUACCAGCUGUUCUCCACACCGGGUCCGGAUGGGAAGCUGCUGCUGCUCUACAAGGUCUGUACUGUAAACAACACAACAAACAAUCUGCUGCUGUACAAGCACGCUUCUUUCCUGUGA